AUUAAUUACUCCUCUUAUAUUGUCUGAUAAUGGAAUUAGGCUCAGCAUGGAUUGGCUACGCGGCGGCGUGGCUAUCAACCGCCGCACUUGUUCUGCUAGCAAAUCAUCUCCGCCGCAGGAGAGAACUUAAUCUGCCGCCCGGACCAAAACCAUGGCCCGUCAUCGGGAACUUGAACCUCAUCGGCAGCCUACCGCACCGCUCCAUCCACGACUUGUCCGUAAAGUACGGUCCCAUCAUGCAGCUCCGGUUCGGCUCCUUCCCGGUUGUGGUCGGGUCGUCCGUCGAAAUGGCAAAGAUCUUCCUCAAAACCAUGGACAUCAAUUUCCUCGACAGGCCUAAAACUGCGGCAGGAAAGUACACUGCAUACAACUACUCCGACAUGACCUGGUCGCAGUACGGCCCAUACUGGCGGCAAGCACGGCGGAUGUUUGCCGUGGAGCUCUUCAGCACGAAGCGUCUGGACUCUUACGAGUACAUCCGAUCGGAGGAGUUGAAAUCCAUACUCUACGAUCUCUACGAGAGGUCGUGCUCAUCGCCGGGGCAGCCAAUAAUCAUCAAGGACUAUCUGUCCACCCUCAGCUUGAACAUCAUCAGCCGGAUGGUGGUGGGGAAGAAUUACCUCCAACAGAGUAAUGACAUUGUGAGCCCCGGUGAAUUCAAGAAAAUGAUAGACGAGUGGUUCGUGCUCAAUGGGGUGCUCGAUAUCGGGGACUCAAUCCCGUGGAUCGCUUUCAUGGACGUGCAAGGAAAUGUCAAGAAGAUGAAGGCCUUGGGCAAGAAGUUUGACACGUUUCUAGAGCAUGUUCUUGAGGACCAUAUUGAUCGAAUGGUGGCCGAGGGGGACAAAUUUGUGGCCAUGGACAUGGUGGAUGUUUUGCUCCAACUUGCAGAUGAUCCCAGUAAUGAAAUUAAGAUUGGGAGGGAUGGAGUCAAGGGCUUCACACAGGACUUAUUAGCUGGUGGGACCGAGAGCUCAGCAAUGACAGUAGAAUGGGCAAUGUCAGAACUCCUUAAGAAGCCAGAAACAUUAGGGAAAGCAAUUGAAGAACUAGAUCGUGUGAUCGGGCAAGAGAAAUGGGUUGAAGAGAAGGACAUGUUAAAUCUGCCUUACAUCCAAGCAAUUGUUAAAGAGACCAUGAGAUUACACCCUGUGGCGCCUAUGUUGGCUCCGCACCAAUGUCGUGAGGACUCUAAGGUUGCAAGCUAUGACGUUCCAAAAGGCACUCGAGUCUUGGUGAAUGUGUGGACCAUCGGUAGAGACCCUACUUUGUGGGACAAACCCAAUGAAUUCAUCCCUGAGAGGUUUAUUGGAAAGCAAAUUGACGUCAAGGGUGGAGAUUUUGAACUCUUGCCAUUUGGUGCAGGGAGAAGAAUGUGCCCUGGGUAUAGUCUUGGGCUUAAGGUCAUUCAAGCGAGCUUAGCAAACUUCUUGCAUGGCUUCAAAUGGACCUUACCCGAUGGCUUGACACCUAAUGACCUAAACAUGGAAGAGACCUUUGGGCUUUCAACCCCUAAAAAGUCCCCCCUUUUUGUUGUUAUUGAGUCUAGACUUCCAAUGCAUUUGUACUCUAUCUCUUGUCCUCUUAAGAAAAUGUAAUUUUACCUUUACAUGUUUCCUUUUAAUUUUUCGAUUUGUUGAUCUACGCAAUAUGUACGUUUAAUUUUGUGUGUUUGAGAUGUGAAAUUAUUAUAAUGGUUUGUAUUAUAAAUGAAUAAUUAUACAUCUCUCUGUGUUCUAUAGUAAUAUUACUGUUAGAAUAAAGGGAUAAUUGUAUU